GGGGGAAGUGAAGUGAAUCUGAGCAGCGUUGCGGCAUGUUCGUUUGAAAUACUUCCAGCAAAAAUCCUCCUUUAUGUACAAUGACAUAACAGUAAAACAGCAUGUAAGCAUCAUGUGAACACGUCCAGCUUCACUGGUACAUGCAACAUCCAGAGGUCUUGAGAUGUUCACAUCCCUCAUCUGAUUGGUCAGUUGAUUCAGAUACUCUGGGUGUCAUGGCAACAGCAUCCAGCAGGUCAUGGAUAUGAGUGAUGAGUGUUCGAGUUCGGGGGACCCUACAGAAGAUCUCGCCUCUUUUGAGGUGGUCAACCUUUCGAACCCUGGACUGCUGGAUCUUAGUGAAGAACUCAAUGGAAACGUCCAGGAACGAAAGGAGAAAGCCAAACUUAAAACUAAACUCGUUUCAGCGUGGAAUAACGUCAAAUAUGGAGGCUGGACUCUGAAAACCAAAUCUCGUCUCAGUAAGAGCAGCCCUCUGCAUGUGCUGGGACAGUCCUAUCAGCUGAGCUACAGUGGAGAGCGUGAGUGUUUGAGGCGGGUGUUCUCCUCUAUGCUGUGGCUGACCUAUAGGAAAGGUUUUCCGCCUUUGGAUGGCUCCGCCCUCACGUCUGACGCUGGAUGGGGCUGUAUGCUGCGCAGCGCACAGAUGCUGUUAGCACAGGGACUGAUGCUGCACAUGAUGCCUGCAGGUUGGACGUGGCCUGUGACGCAUCAUCAGACCAAAGAUGACCUGGAGGUCGUUGAACCAUGCGUGCUGGACGAUUCGUUCAGAGAGAAUCGGCGUGUCCCGGGGAAACCUCGCAGACGCAGUUUGGACACAAUAUUAGACGGCAAGAUUAAUGAAGACAGGACUCACAGGAAGCUGGUGUCUUGGUUUGGAGAUUUGCCCUCUGCCCCGUUCGGGUUGCACCAGUUGGUGGAAAUGGGCAGGGCGUCUGGGAAGCGGGCAGGUGACUGGUACGGCCCAUCCAUCGCAGCUCACAUACUACAGAAGGCUGUAGCCGCAUCUGAGGUGUCGAAUCUAGUGGUGUAUGUUGCUCAGGAUUGCACAGUGUAUGUUGGAGACGUGUUGAGUCUUUGUGGAACAUCUCGUACAGAUGAUCUCUCUGUGAGCUGCAGGUCUGCGUGGAAAUCACUCAUUCUACUGGUGCCCGUGCGUCUCGGAGGAGAUGUGUUGAACCCCACGUACACUCAGUGUGUCAAGAGACUGCUGGAGCUCAGGUGCUGUAUUGGAAUCAUCGGAGGGAAACCUAAACACUCGCUGUAUUUUGUGGGGUUUCAGAAUGAUCAGCUGAUCUAUUUAGAUCCUCAUUACUGUCAGUCUACUGUUGACGUCACGCAAGACAACUUCCCUUUAGAGUCGUUUCACUGUAAAACCGUGAGGAAGAUGUCAUUUAAUCGUAUGGACCCCAGCUGUACUCUUGGUUUCUAUGCCAGCAGCAGGGCAGAUUUCCAGAAAUUGUGCUUGGAUGUUACUACGGUUAUGACAUCAUCAGAGGAGAAGUACCCCAUCUUCACAUUUGUAGAUGGUCAUGAUGAGGGGGAGCGGGGUUUCACAUCCGACUCGAUCACUCACGUAAACACCAAAGACAGACGGAGCCGAACUAAACACAAAAACAGCACAGAGGAGUUUGUUCUCUUGUGACAAACUCGAUUUCCUGUUUGUUACUCUUUCUACAAACCGAUUUAGUUUACUGAGAGAACUUUGGGUAUUUUUAACAAGCUGCUGCUGUUUAUUUUUGUCAAUGUAAUUGUCGUCUGUAAACACUGGCAUACAGGAGAAUAUGAGGAGUUCUUACCGUGUGUUUGGUGAGCAGUUGGCUAAGCAGAUUAGCGUCGAGGUGUUUUGUGUGACGCUAAUGACCGCAGACACUGAAGCCCUCAGAUCAUCUCUGAUGGACACUUGAGAGGGGUAGAUGUUACCUUUGUACAGAUUUGUGGGAGUGUGUUAACACUGGUUUAAAGUCACUGUUUAUGUAUUUUUCUGUGUAUUUGGUAAACUAUGUACACAAAGCUUUUAAUUAAAAUAUUUCAUUCAGAUAAAGAAAACCUAAUUUGCCUCUAGACAU